AUGACUGAGCGCCUGCCCACGUCUUCCACCUAUGGGGCGGAGGAGGUCUUGGAGGACGCCCUGAGGGGUGGGUUCAGUGACUCAGUGCUGAUCACCAUGAACGCGUACCAGCGGGCAGAGGCGGAUCCAGCGCAGCGAUCCGCAUAUGACAAGGCCGUCCUGGGGACGCUCUACUACCACAACUGGUUCACAGGUCGCAAGAGCGAGUGCCCUACGCAGAUAUCCAGUUGUUCCCGCUUCUUCUUGAGCCAUGCCUUCUGGGUGGGCAUCGCCGGCAUGGGCCAAGACCCAGCGCAGCUUCGAGACAGAGCCUUGAGUGUUUCACUGACUCCAGCGGAGGUGCUGGCAUUCGACGAGGCGGCGGCAACGCAGAAUGCGCUCUACACCUACGGCAGCAUGCCACGCGAGGUCGUACAGAGAUUGUCCGCGAACUGGACCAACGAGUGCGACAUCAAGGGGAAUCUCAUCAUCGGUGUUUCAGUGCUGAGCACUGCAGACCAUCCAGUGCCGUGUCCGUCGGACUUGCGCUACCAGGAGGUCGAACGGGUCGUUCCGAGACUGAUGCCUGCCAGCGCGUAUACCCAAUCUUGGUUUUUCGUCUUCUAUUACGAUUUGCGGCCGUUUGUGCAAGCAGAGGCUGCCUUCAGCAUUGUGACAACUGUCUUUAUUUGCGUCAUCUUGUGCAUUGCCUCCAUCAUGUUUACUAGUACAGCAAACGCCCUUGUUCUGGCGCCGGUGGAGAAGAUGAUGCGGAAGGUCGAGGCCAUCCGAUCAAAUCCACUUGCCGCCACGAAGCUGGCGGAUGACGAGUUCCAGCGGGAGGAGAGGGAAAGGCGGAAGAAGGCCGAGCAGAGCAAGUCGCGCUGGAAGCAGCUGAAAGAUCCCGGGGCGCUGUGCAGGCCCCUGGCAGGGGGUGGAAGACCCGCCUACCUGUUAGACUUCUUCAUGAUCUGUGCUUGCCCACAAAGCGCUUCCAUCAAGGCGUUGGACCCCAGCGGCGGCUUCUUCCAGAGCUUCUACAUUGAUGGGAGGAAGUUUAACCCAGAGUUCCGGCAGAUCGUGUCGAGCUCGCGGAUGGUCAUCAACUUCAUGCUUGCCGGCAAGCUGCUGCAAGAUCCGAAGCUGGUGGAGAUCGGGCGCCACGGGCUGGAGUACAUAGAGAAGGUGCACUACAUCCCAGCAAAGCAGAGCUACGCCUUCACGGUGCGGAACCACAAGCCUGAGGACAUGGUGGAGCAGGCUUAUGGUUACGCUUUCAUCUUGGCGGCUCAUGCUGCAGCUCGUGCAGCAGGGGCUCCCUGGUUGAAAAACAUGUAUUCUGCGAGCUGCGGCACAGCCCGGCGCAGCGUACGCCGAUUCCAGGUGGCCAAGGACAAUGCGGAUGUGGGUCGAGUGUUCGACCUGCUGGAGCGCAAAUUUUGGCUGCCUGACAAGGGCGCGUACCUCGACACCAUCAGCGCAGAAGGCGUCGUCGACAAUAGCUACCGGGGCCAGAACUCCAACAUGCACAUGUGUGAGGCGCUCAUUGCUGCCUACGAAGCAACGAAGGAGACGCGCUAUCUUGACCGCGCCGAAGUGCUUGCCGAGACCUUCGCGGCGCAUCUCGGACAAAAGGAGAGCCAAAACGGGAGCCAUCGAAUCGAGUCGAGUAGGAAGCUCGCUGCGAAAGGCGGGGGGCUGCCAAUCGUCGUGCACUGGGUGCCCUCUCAGGGCCUUGUCGAUCCUGCGGGGAGAGGUGCGGGUUGCUUGCGGGUUGCUCUGGAUUGCAUUCGUAUCAGAGGCGGAGGCUUUGUCUGGGAGCACUACGAUGUGAAUUUUGAGAUCGACUGGGCUUCUUGGAUCCCUCAGCAUCUUGCGCUUUUUGCGAGUGAUGCCCCGAGCACCCAGGAGUACAACAAGAACGACCCGACCAAUAUCUACAGACCUUGGGGCUUCCAGCCUGGGCAUCAGAUUGAGUGGGCAAAGAACCUUCUGAAUAUCUACCGCCACAGACCCAAGUUCUGGAUGGUCAACCGUGCGAAGGAGCUCUUCGACGGGGCCUGGGAGCUGUCAUGGGACGAGUGCCACGGUGGCCUCGUGUAUGGCUUUGGCCCGGACAGGAAAUGGUGUGAUAGCGAGAAGUACUUCUGGGUGCAGGGUGAGUCCAUCGCCACGGCUUCCUUGCUUUACGAAGCCACAAAGGACCCGAAGUACAUCGAGAAGUACGUCUGCCUUUGGCAGUACUGCUGGAAGCACUGGGUGGAUCAUGAGCACGGCGGUUGGCUGUGCUUCAAGAUGUCCCGCAGCAACGAGCGGACGAACGACGAGAAGGCCAUGUGUGACCAAGUUCAGAGUCUCGUGACCAGAGAGAGGGUCUUGCUGGCGGAGGCGAUCGCUGGUGGGAAGUGUGACUACCACACGCUUGUCUCGUGCGUGGAAGCCCUGCGGCCCUUCAAGUGA